AUGGAUUCAGAACAUCAAGCAUCUGGUCAGCACUCUCGACCCUGGAGCGACCCUUCAGACACUGGACCUGUGUCAUCAAAUGCUCAAAGCAGAUUCAUCAGUCGUACUAUAUCUACAGCGUCUCUCAACAGCAUCACCCGCCUGCCUCGAUACUCGCUACAUGAAGGCCAACAACCAUUGGAUCAGGAGGUCGACACCUGUACCCUUCGCGAUGACGAUCUAUACACGCACGACGAAACCACUCCCUCGCAGUUCACUGCUAACGAUAGCGAUGUAAAAACGUCCUCAGCUGAAAGUGCUCCUUUUCAAGACAAUAGCAACGUUGAGGCUUCAGCCGCUUCAUUGUCGCCCCCUCAGUAUUCAUCCAUCCCCCCGAGAUAUUCUGGCGUUUUCGGCAUUCCAGCCCACAGCGUCACAACAGAGGGGCUCCCGCGCACCGAACACACGUACAAUAUCUGCAGUGGGCUGAAGAACAAGCCCUGGGCUACUUUCCGCGUCUUCAGCGAUCCACCAGUCGGUGUCGUUCAGAACCAUCAGAAGUUCCCCCGCUUCUCUGGCGGCGACAAGAUUUCGGGCACAAUUGAACUCACAUUGGAUAACUCUCAAACCGUCAACUCGAUCACUGUCUCCCUUCGUGGGCGCAUUAUCAGAGGUUACCUUGCUGGGGAAUCUGACACAUUCCUUGACCAUCAAGUCAGUAUCUGGACACGCGCCUCUGGAGAUCCACGCUUUCCAAACCAAGGGUCUGCGAAAAAGUUCGAUGGAAAACUUAAGGGGGCAUACCAAUUCCCCUUUACUUUCCCGUUCCCAACCCACUUAGAUCUAUCAACUUCGACUACACUCUUUCUGCCCUUGCAAACUCCUUCAGACACACCCAAAUCGAGUCCUCCGAGCACACCAGCCUCGCCCUCGGCAUCGAGUUCGUUUCCACCCAUCCCUUCACCACGUAAUUCUCGCUUCCGCUCUCUCAGCUCCCCCAUGAGUACCAGUUCCAAAUCACCCGCGAUGAAUACGGCGUUUGUUCAUAUGAGUACAAACCACCAGUUUACUGGUUGCCGAAUCGGCGGAAUAUCAACGGCAAAUAUCCCCUUGGGUAGUGGGCGGCAUAAGAAGUCUUUCAGCCAGGAGAAACAUCAGAAUGAAGUCAAUUCUUUCCCGAUCCCAAACUCCUCAGAAGAGUCAGAGAAGGCGAAGCUCAAACGAACGAUGGAAGAACGGGAUCGAAUUCAGGCAGGAGUUGAAGAUAACAGCUCAAAGUCUCUUUCGGCGCAUGUCUAUCCUCUGCCACAAACUUUCUUGGAGCGUGGAAUCCAUGCGAACGUACAAUACGAGCUGGGCUUACACAUCGCCCAUGGAAUGUUGCGCCCUGCUAGCAAAUUGAAGACAGCAAUUGUCUAUACACCUUCCAUCAUUCCUGCCUCAGCUUCAGUCGCUCGCCAGCUCGCCUAUACUGAAGGUAGUCCGCUCCCUGGACCAACAGUCGAUCCGGAAGGAUGGCACACUCUCCCUAAAGUCAUGGUUUGCGGGGAGCUUCUAGGUCGACGCAAGGUAGAAGUGGGAUGUACCCUCUCACUCGCCAAACCCCUCUGUUAUACCCGUGGCGCCGUCAUCCCUUGCUACUUGACUCUGGAAAGCUCAAACUCCCAUGCCCUCGGCCUCCUCUCCACGCCAAAGUCUCCCUUUGCCCGGCUCACGCGGCGGGUGCGUUAUACCCAGGAUAUGACAUCGAGUACUGAAACCACCCUAAACGAACCAUCAACUUCCUUCAGCGUACUUGCUGGUGACUCUGCUUCGUCCACUGCCGCCAGAUUUCCAGGUUCCUCUCGGUAUGGAGGCAAAGAUAUCAACAUGGUCGGUGGCGGUAAAUCUGGGGGCAUGAUACAGGAAGUAGACGCGGUAGAGUUGGCGGUGUGGCGGAUUCCGCUGAACGAUGCUCCAUCGGAGAUGAACUUGAAGAGAUUGGAGGGUGAGAUACAUCUCGCGAAGGACUUGCAGCCGACAUGUAGGUUCCCUCACUUUAGUGUCGAGUACGCCGUCGAAAUGCUGCCAUUGGUUCCACAUGGUUGCGGGCCACUCAGUUCCGAGCAAAAACAGUGCCUUCUCGUCCAACCCGUGGAGAUUGCCACCCAUCAUUCGAAAGAAGGUCCUAUACCAACUGCCUUUUCCGAACCCAUCUCCGAUCGAGAAAGAGAGAAAAGGAAGAGGGAGAGGGAGAAAGAAAAGGAGCAGGUGCCAGUGGAGAUAGUUACCAGGAUAGCAUACUGUGGGAACUAA